CAACCUCACACCUCUUCACCUUCCUCCUCGCGAAUCCUAGACUAGAAAUCAACCGCCUUGCCUCCGGUUGACUGCUGAGGCUCGCCGUCGGACGCUCCAAUCGUAAAUCCAGAGUAGCAGAGGCUGAUCGGUGGGCGAGGCGGCCAUCUGCUUCCUCUUCUCCUGCCUCCUUGCGAACCCUAGAAAUCAACAGUGGUUCCGGUCGAUUGCUGAGGCUCGCCCGCGGGCAGCUCCAUUCCCAAAUCCAGAGUAGCAGAUCGGCGGACGAGGCCUCGAGUUUGAGGGUGCCACCAAGUCCAUCCUCUUCCUCUUCUCCAACUCGACCAUCCCAUAUCCAGUGUAGCAGGACAGAUCGGCCGCUUCAAUCCCACACUCCAACGCAGCAGGUGCGGCACGCGAGUCGGCGACCAGAGUUGUUGCCAUUAGGAAAUAGAUAUAUGGAGAUGGAAUCGGGGAGGGGUCAUCUUAAUAUCCCACUAAGAGAGUUGAUGUCGCUGCUGCUGGUAGCAGUAGCGGUGGUCAUGGAAGCUGCAAUGUAG